GUAUUAUUAAUUUAAUCGAAAAGCUGGAAAAAAAUUACACCAUAGGUAGAAGCAGAAGUCCUCCCUCUCUCUCUUUAGAUAGAUACUGAUACAAAUGACCGUUUUACUGUAUAUACAUACAAAUAGACUUACGCCGGAUCGGGGUUUGGAAUUUUUUUGAAGCGGCGGUGUUGUGUAAGUUUGCAGUUUAGGCUAAGUGGUUGCGGAAAUUGACUACUAGCUUGCCGUUUAUUGAUAGAAAAUCAUUGUCCCCGUCGAUAAUUUACGUCGUCUAGGUAGCCCACAGUCAAACCUACCCGCCUUCUAGUGUUUUUCUUUACAGGAAGUGAGAAUCUAAUUUGAUUAGGGGAUUUUGUAACGAAUCAUGAUCUGUAAAAUGGGAAUUUUUGGGGGAACUGUAAUUUAAGACCUAAGUAUGUUAGUUGAAAUUGAGGGUUUCAUUUCUAUUGCACUUUUUGGGACCAAAAAGUGGAGUUUUUCUAGUAUUUUUGUUUAAUUUUUUUUACCAGUAUAGAUUGGUGAUGGAGAAGAGUGAGAUAGGGAAGAACGGGGAUGGAUUUAUUGAUAGGAGUAAAGUGAGGAUUUUGGUUUGCGAUAACGAUACGAAGAGUUCCAAGGAGGUUCUUAUGCUUCUCUGUAAAUGUUCUUAUCAAGUGACUUCAGUGAGGUCUCCAAGACAAGUGAUUGAUGCACUAAACGCUGAGGGGCCUGACAUAGAUAUCAUUCUUUCUGAAGUUGACCUUCCUAUGUCCAAAGGACUGAAGAUGUUGAAACACAUCACGAGGGACAAAGACUUGCAACGCAUUCCAGUGAUCAUGAUGUCAGCUCAAGAUGAGGUCUCGAUUGUUGUCAAGUGUCUGAAAUUUGGAGCAGCUGACUAUCUUGUCAAGCCAUUACGAACCAACGAGUUAUUAAAUUUGUGGACUCAUAUGUGGAGAAGAAGGCGAAUGCUUGGACUGGCAGAGAAGAACAUUGUGAAUUAUGAUUUUGAUAUGGUUGUAUCGGAUCCUAGUGAUGCUAAUACCAAUAGCACUACUUUGUUCUCCGAUGACACGGAUGACAAGUCUCGAAAGAGUAUCCAUCCGGAGGCUUGUGUUUCGACUCAUCAGGAAGAUGAGAGUAAUGCUACUGCUGCUGCUGCGACUCCAACUGGGGCCUCUACAGAGUGUCAGCCUGAUGUCCCAGGAAUUAGUGACAGGCAGACAGGGAAAAUUUCACCAUUUCAAAAGAAGAGUGAGUUAAAGAUAGGUGAGUCUUCGGCCUUUUUCACGUACAUCAAAUCAAGCAUGCCCAGAAGCAACAACCAGGGUGAUGCCUCUGUUCGUGAAAAUGUGCCUCAGAACUUGAGGAUCAAAGAGAAGCUCACUACAAUGAAUGGGCAAGUGGGUGCUGAUAUCCAAGGACAUGACAACAGAGAUUCUGUGGAAAAUCAUUCUCAAGGAGAUGAUAAUCCAAGCAGUAAUAGUAUCCCUGAUUCCUUGUCUAUGGAGAGAUCUUGUACCCCUCCCAUAUCGCUGGAAACCUCUCAACCAAGGAACUCAAAUGAGGAGUUUUCUCAGAUGCAUAUGCAUCCAAGAAAUGAAUCUCCCAAUGAUGGUGUAGGUUUCCAUGCAAAUCCUGCCUAUUCUUAUUAUAUGUCAGGAGUAAUGAAUCAAUUUAUGAUGUCAUCAGCGGCUGUGUAUCAAAAGAACCCACAGCCACAAGAUCUGCGCUACCACACCAAUUCUGCCAUAUUACCUCAAUACAAUCAUAAUCCACACUAUGCUCAUCAUGUCCCUGGAAUGGCAUCAUAUCCUUACUACCCUGUUGGUAUAUGCUUACCCACUGGCCAGAUGCCUACAUCAACGCAUGCAUGGUCAUCACAGGGAAGUGCCUCCGCUAAUGAAGGAAAGUUGAGCAACAUUGAUCGUAGAGAGGCCGCUUUAAUGAAAUUCAAGCAGAAGCGGAAGGAAAGAUGUUUUGACAAGAGGAUCAGGUAUGUCAACCGUAAACGACUUGCGGAACGUAGACCUCGUGUGAAGGGACAGUUUGUUCGGAAGGUAAAUGGUGUUAAUGUAGAUCUUAAUGGGCUACCGGCAUCAGCAGAAGAUGAUGAUGAAGAAGAGGAAGACUGUGAGGAGGACCAAACAGCUAAUAUGGAUUCUUCGCCAGAGGGGGAUGCUUCAAUAUGUCACUAAUAAACUUCAUUUAUAGAAGUCUAUAUAUUUAUGUGGUUGUGUGAUGUUGGUUAAUAUUCCAUACAAGGCAGUGGACUCCUUCGAGUUUGUAGCCAAGUGCUUAUCCUUUAUCCACUAGAUUGGCGACUUGUAUGUAGAAGAGUGCAAUCUCUUAUAUUAAACCGAAUCUACUCACUUGUUCGCAUUGGCUGAGAGGGUUUGAACUUGUAGAGCCACUCUUAAGAGAUUCUCACCAGGGCCUGGCACCAGACUCCUUUCAUGAUCUUUUCAGUCUGGCCGAAGUGUUUUCCUUGAAUAUUGGACUUUCUGCGACCUCUCAUUAGAGGAAAAGGUAAAGUUAAUGUGUUGUCGUUGUUUAAAAACAGACCAUUGUGACCGUUUAUAAAAAAAUUUAAUGUUAACAUAUGGCUCUGGAUAUGACCUGGCUGCUGCUUGUGAUUUGGUGCAUCAUAAGGUCGCAUCUGAACUGUAGGAAAAUUUUGCUUUGAAUACUUUGUUGCCUCGUUAACUGCUACUCUUUUGGAUAAAAGUUCACACUAUUGGCAUACUUGUGCAUGAUCAGUUUUGAUA